AUGUUAAGAAAGAUGCAGAUGCUGGUGAACCCAGCAGUAAUGGAGUUGUCGCCCUCACCCUUUCUAAGGCAAGUCGAGGUGGCAAGGACCUUCAAGAUCGAGACAAAGACGGGAGAAAAGAACGCAGAUGUGGACAUGGCCGUGGUCCUCAUCACAGACUCGACACUUAUGCCCGACAGGACGACUUCAAUCGUGACAAAAGAGGAAGACGAAGACGACAAGGAAGCCGUCACUAAAAUCAUGGAUGACCUGAAGAAUGAUUUGGAGGACGCAACCAAGAAAGAUGGCGAGGACACCAAAAAGAGCUUUGUUAACUCUUUCAUCACUGAGGUCAAAGUUCAAAACGCAGUACCUGAUGACUUCAAGCUAAAUGUCUUCAUGAAGCCCACCAUUAAUAUAGGCAACACCAGCUCAAGCCUCACCAUGGAACCUAACGGUAAAAGAAUGCAAGUUUCGUACAUCUGCGCAAAAUACGACCCUGUUAAAGCAAAGUGGAAGGAGGGUUGCGAGACCAUCUACAACUCUGCCAAGCCAUCAGACGGGGUGCUCUGUUUGUGCUCUCACAACACCAGCUUUGCUGUCCUCAUGUCAGCUUACGAGAUUGACCGUGGGUUUGCCGAAGUACAGAGCUACUUAACGUAUGUACUACUCGGAAUUUCAAUCGUCAGUCUCAUCUUAACUCUGGUGUUCCUACUUCCUGCUAAAGCUCUUCGAUCAACUCGAUCCGCUAAGAUCAACAUCUGUUUCACCACUGCGCUUUUGUUGGCGUCAUUGAUGUUCCUCAUCCAAGACGCUUUCAUUUCUGCUGAUGAUACCGGAGUUAUAAAACUGAAGUCGACGAGAUGUGCCGUGUACGCGAUGAUCCAGCAUUACUUAUGGCUUGUGGUCUUCGCCUGGAUGGUCGUCGAAGGGUUCCUUAUGUACCUUUCUCUCGUACAAGUGUUCGGAUCUCAUAUCUCAAAGUGUAUGCUGAAGUUUAACCUCGCGGCAUGGGGUAUCCCUCUACCGAUACCAUUCAUCGGAUAUUUCGUCUUCACGAAGCGGCACACCGUAGGUAGCUUCACUUUCACAGAACACGGGUACCUAGCGGACACUAUGUGCUUUAUCCGCCCUGAAAGUACAUCCUUCUACACUCUCUUCUUAGCCCCCAUUGUCUUGGUUAUCUUGGUGAACCUUGUAUUCUUCGCACUGGUUGCCAAAGUGAUCAAGAACUCAAACUCAUCCGGCAACAUCUCUGAUCGGGGACAAAUUUUACGGCAGCUUAAAUCAGCAGUCGGUGUGAUGGUCUUGCUUGGAACAGGCUGGUUCUUUGGAAUAUUCAUGUCCCUCCCAGCCCCUCACUUCCAAGUGGGGAUGCAGUAUCUGUUCAUUCUUUUUAAUAGUUCUCAGGGCAUAUUUGUAUUCCUGUUCUACAUUGUGCUCAACGACCAGGUCACGUCUCACUGGCUGGUUAAGGUUGGGCUUCAAGAGGAGAGGAGGACCUCUACAAUAUCUUUCGCCGCCGCUGCCGCCGGUAGAUCAGUAGCCCCGUUAACUCAGGCAAUGACGAUCAGCGCCAGUGCCGUCCCAAACCAAGCUGACAACAUUUAUGAAAACGCCGCCGCCUCCAACGAUGAUCGAACGUCUGAAAGUGGUAUGGUCUCCGGAGAUUAUUGA